ACAAACAAAGCAGUUCAAGUAAGCCAAAGAAGAAAUACUAAGGUUGAUCUCGAUCAAAAUGUCUCUCUCUAUAAUGCAAAUGGCAAUUCCUAACAAGCCAGCUUAUAGUGAUCAUCUCCAUAAAUCACACAGCAGCAAGUCUUCAAAACUUUCUAGUAGCUGCAAAGUUAGUAAUGCCCUGCGCUGCUCCUCUCAGCUAAAUGUUGAUCAUCUCACAACUGAACGUCGAUCUGGAAACUACAGUCCUUCCCGUUGGGAUGUCGACUAUAUUCAAUCACUUCAAAGUGAUUAUAAGGAAAAAAGGCAUGCGAGAAGGGCCAGUGAGCUAAUUAUGCAAGUGAAGAAGAUGUUGGAGAAAAAAGCGGAUCCCACUCCACAACUGGAGUUGAUUGAUGAGUUGCAGAGGCUGGCUCUUUCUGAACAUUUCCACGAUGAAUUCAAAGAAAUCUUAAGCUCUGUAUAUUUGGACAAUAAAUAUUACAAGAAUGGCGAGAUCAUCGAGCAAGAGGAUGGAGAUUUGUACUCUACAGCUCUUGCAUUCAGACUCCUCAGACAAUAUGGCUUUCAAGUUGCUCAAGAGGUGUUUGAGUGUUUCAAAAACGAGGAGGGUGAGUUCAAAGCAAGCCUCAGGGACGAUACCAGAGGAUUGUUGCAACUCUACGAAGCUUCUUUCUUGUCGACGGAAGGCGAAAACACACUCGACUUAGCUAGAGAGUUCGCCACCAAGAUUCUGCAGGAAAAACUAGUGAAUGAUGAAAUUGAUGACAGUAACCUCAUAACAUGGACACGCCAUUCUUUGGAGAUCCCAAUUCAUUGGAGCAUUGAAAGGGUAAAUACAAGUGUGUGGAUUGAUGCAUAUAAGAGAAGAGACGACAUGAACCCAAUAGUGUUGGAGCUUGCCAUCUUGGACUCCAACAUUGUUCAAGCACUAUAUCAAGAAGAACUCAAACAAGACUUACAGUGGUGGAGAAAUACGAGCCUUGCGGAGAAACUCCCUUUCGUGAGGGAUAGGCUUGUGGAAAGCUACUUCUGGGGUGUUGGGGUGGUGCAGCCUCGUCAACAUGGAACUGCAAGGAUGGUUGUGGACAGAUCCAUCGCUUUUAUAACAGUUAUAGACGACGUUUAUGAUGUGUAUGGAACCUUAGAAGAACUCGAACAAUUCACAGACAUCAUUCGAAGGUGGGAUAUGAGUUCAAUGGAACAACUGCCUAGUUACAUGCAACUAUGUUUUCUUGGGUUGAACAACUUCAUUAACGACACGGCCUAUGAUGUUAUGAAAGAGCAAGGAAUCAACAUUAUUCCGUAUCUGCGAAAAUCGUGGAGGGAUUUGGUGGAGGCGUAUCUGGUGGAGGCGAAGUGGUACCACAGCGGAUACAAACCAAACCUGAAAGAGUAUUUAGACAACGCAUGGAUAACGGUCGGAAGCACUAUUGUCCUAACCCAUGCAUUUUUCGGAGGAACAACUUCUCUUACAAAGGAGACUAUCCAAAGUUUUUACGGAUACCACGAGAUAGUUCGUUUGUCAUCAAUGAUUUCUCGGCUUGCUGAUGAUUUAGGAACCUCUAUGGAUGAGGCGAGCAGAGGCGACGUGCCGAAAUCAAUCCAGUGCUACAUGAACGACAACAAUGCAUCGGAAGCAGCGGCGCGUGAGCACGUGAAAUGGUUGAUAGGGGAGACGUGGAAGGAGAUGAACAAGGAGAGGGUGGUGAGGGACUCUCCAUUUUCCCAAGAUUUUAUAAAAUGUGCAUUGGAUAUGGGAAGAAUGGCGCAGUAUAUGUACCACUAUGGAGAUGGGCAUGGCAUCCAACACUCUAUCAUACACCAACAGAUGGAUGCCUUCUUGUUCCACCCUUCUGUCUAGCUACCUACACCCGCAUAAUAAACUAUAUUACUCCCUCCGUCCCGUUUUGUAUUGGCCCAUUCAGUGAGAGUAAAGGGGUCAAUACAAAUGGGACGAAGAAAGUAAUAAGUAUGUUUAACCUAAGAAACAUGCAUGCUGAAAUAACUUACCCGACUUGCUUAAUCCCAUGUAUUUCAAUAUUAUGUCCGUCUUAUAAGGAUUAAUAGUAGUUUAUGGACACUAUUGUUGUUAUGCAUACUAUAGUGUAAGUGUGUAACUCGUCGAGUUUUGACGACAGAGAUAUAAAUUCUAAAAAUAAUUUUAUACUUGG